AUGACAGCAAGAAUAGAUGGCGGCGAGCCUUUCCUCAAACACCUCAACGUCAGCAAGACACCGUACAUUUUCCUCACAGCCGAGACCGAUGACUUCGACGAAGAGACUAUCGCUGCGUGGCAAGGGGAAGGCUUCGUCACGACAUAUGUGCCUUUCGGCGAUGGAGGAAGAGACUAUGUGGCUAGAAUGCACGCGGCUCCUGACCAAGCGCUGGGAUUGAAUGAUCAGUAUGCUAUAGUAGCGAGCGCUUGCCUCGAGGCUUAUGUCAAGUCUACACCCCGUCUAGCCGCCUUAAUCGCAUACUAUCCAUCCAAAAUCCCGGACCCACAACAAACACGAUAUCCCAUGCACACAACCGUACUAGUCCACCUAGUUGGCGACGAGAUGAAAGUAAUCCGCACCCCAGAAGUGCUAGGCAUACAAGGCAAGAAAAAGAUUGUUUCAAAGAGGAUAGGCGAUGGGUCGGGCUUGGGCGGAGCGUUAAGAUUAAGCUUCCAGACAUACAAGUAUGCUGGUGUAGAGUCUGGAUUUGCAGAGAGCGACCUGGAUGAAUACGACGCUGCUGCUGCUGGCCUGGCCUGGAGUAGGACCUUGGGCGUUGUCAGGAAGGCUUUGAGAAUAGCCUCCGACAUUGAGAGGAUACGAGACGAACAUCUAGACCACGUGCGAAAGGGUCACGUACAAAAAGCCCUCGCCAUGACUACCUCCAACCCAGCAGUCCUCCAUGUACCCUCUCUAACCGGCGCCUUCCACGAAGAAGACCUCGCAGACUUCUACUCUGAGUUCUUCCAGCCGUCACCGACAUCACUGAACUGCAGACUCCUUUCCCGCACCGUAGGCGCCGACCGAGUAGUCGACGAACUAUCCCUCUCCUUCAACCACAACAAAGUAAUCCCCUGGCUCCUCCCUGGUAUACCAGCCACAAACCGCAGGAUCGAGGUUGUUAUAGUGUCUAUCGUAUGCAUCAAAGCCGGCAAACUGUCCAGUGAGAAGGUGUAUUGGGACCAAGCUAGUGUGUUGAUGCAAGUGGGAUUGCUGGAUCCGAAUCUAGUGCCCGACAAGUUCAAAGAGAAGGGAGUUAAUAAGUUGCCAGUGAUAGGUGCUGAGAGCGCGAGAGCGGCGGUCAGAGAGGGGAGUCGGAGGAUCAACGAGUUGAUCGAUGAUUGGUAG